UAAGUCUACAUUUUAUCAAAAAUAUAUUCAAAAAAAUUGUACUCAAAAUUUCCCAUUUUUGGAUUUUUUGGGAUCUGAAAACCUAUCCGAAAACAUACUUUCUCCAUUUUGAUGUUUCUAUCGUUUUCUUUUUUUUUUAUCUCUUUCACUUACUGAUCAUGCAGUCUAUUUUUGACAUUGAUAAGAAAGAAAAAGAGGAUGACCUGUAUCAAGUUCUCGGUUGUGUAGAUAGUAGCACGGACGAGCAAAUCAAGACAGAGUAUAAACGUCUCGCUUUGAAAUACCAUCCAGAUAAAGCAUCAGCAGCAGAUUCCAAGCAAUUCGAGAAAAUAAAAGCAGCAUUCGAUGUGGUUGGAAAUCCCGAGGGUAGAGCACUAUACGACCGUUGGCGGUCUAGCAAGUUAUUGAUUCCCUUUUCUGAUUUUGUCCAGUUGAGCAGCCAUGCUCAGACUGUACAUUGGCAAGCACUUCCGACACAGCUCACUUUAACCAAUGAUCAGAUCUCUAUAAUUGAUCAAGACAACCUGAAGAGCGUCCGCAUUCCCGCGACUUCACAGGAUUUACCCAAUAUUAGCGUAAAUACUGCAGGAUUUUGGAAGUCAAAAAACUAUAAAAUCGAUGAUCGACGAUGACCAUUCAAUACAUCUGUGCCCCGCCCAAUUCCUUCUCGCAGCUGCAAUUCUGAAAUCGCAAUCGUGACAAUAUGCAGCCACUUCUUUAAUUGUAUAAGACGCUUCAAACAUUUCUAUAACACACAUCAAAACGAUCAUAUUCCGUCUUUAC